AUGUCGACAGAGAUGAGAAUUCGGUUGAGCGCCAAGGAAUAUGUACUGGUGGUCAUGACGUUAACGCUCGUACCCAUUCUUCUGGUGGAGCUCUAUGGCAUUUCACUUGCGCGCAUCAAUAACAAAGCUUUUCAAGACGAUACCCCAGGCAUGCCGCAGUUUGCCGACCUGUUGGUCAGCGGUGCAGUCUCCUUGGUGCUCAUGGGCGCGCGUUGUAUCACGGGACAAGCGUUCUUACCUCUGGGAAAGGCUGUACUCUCUCCACAGAAGAGAGUGGUCGAGGCCCGUGUCCACCGCUUCACCGCCGUGUCGUUCAAGUUUAUUUACUUUGCAUGCAUUACCGUAGUGGGCUUCACGGUCAUGCGUAACGAACAAUGGUUCCCGGUUUUACUUGGAGGCGAGGGCGAAGUCAUGAAGUCGUUCGAGACGUUGUCGGGACCGCCGUCCAGUGCGCUCAAGUACUAUUUCCUCGUGCAGCUGGGGUACCACCUGCACAGCUUGUUGUUCAUGGUCUUCUUUUCACCGACUCGCAAUGAUUUUGUCGAGAUGCUCCUGCACCACCUAGCUACCAUCCUUUUGAUUGCUGGAUCAUUUCUCGCCAACUACACGGCAUUUGGCGCGCUCGUGGUGUUCACACAUGACAUCGGUGACGUCACUGGAUAUGGUAUUAAGUCCAUUGUGGAUACUGGCAAGACACCGCUGAUAACAUUUAUGUACUUGAUGCUUCUCGUGUCCUGGGCGUACACGCGGCUUUUUGUGUUCCCGUGCCACCUCAUCUAUGCUGCGAUACGUCAUUUGUCGCACAAUCACUUGGACGUUGUUGUCGUCUUUGUACUUCCGAUGAUCGCCAUGCUAUGCAUUCUCGUGGUGCUGCACGUUUACUGGUACUUCCUGUUUAUAGUAAUGGGAUACACGCUAGUGAAGAAAGGCGUGGCCGAGGAUAUUCAGCACAAAGUCGGAAGCCCGACCGAAGCGGCCGAAGGUGAAAGAGCUAGCGCUAUGACUUCUCGCAGAAAUUGUAAAAACGACUAA